UUCUAAAUAAAGCUCAUUUCAACCCAUUCUAAAUAAAGCUCAUUUCAACCCAUUCUAAAUAAAGCCCAUUUCAACCCAUUCUAAAUAAAGCCCAUUUCAACCCAUUCUAAAUAAAGCCCAUUUUAACCCAUUCUAAAUAAAGCCCAUUUUAACCCAUUGACUCCCUGUACUGUAGGAUGCCCCAUCAGAGCUGUAUGGACCCACAAUGCUAGUGUUCACUCUAGUGGCAAUACUCCUCUAUGGGAUGAAGACCUCAGGGCACACUGUGGAGGAUGGUACGCUAAUAGGUACAGCACUGGUAGUGUGUAUGGGCUACUGGUUUGGUCUCUCACUGCUCUCAUUCUUCAUAUCAUAUCUACUCACAGCUCAUGUGUCACUGAUACAACUGAUGUCAUUAAUUGGUUAUUCACUGACAGCUCACUGUAUCAUACUCUCAUUAAGUACAGUCUUUGACCACUAUGGUACACCAGUAAUGUUCUACCUCUUCUGGAUCAUAUUUGGACUAUUGACAACAUGUAAACAAGUAGGUAUAUUAUUAUCUCGUUCCUGGUCCCUAAGAGACGGUCUGAUACUGUCACUAGUGAUAGGAUCAUGUCACAUGUGCUCAAUCCUCUAUUUAAGAUUCAUGUAUCACAGAGUUUAUGAAGCUCUUGCAGAAGCCAUAUGAGUAUCAAGAACAAUAACAUUAAAGAAUUUUAUAUUAA